ACAAAGAUGAAUGGGUGGAAAGCGACGAUGAGAAGGACCUCGCUCAUGUGCCCUAUUCACCACAGCGUUACCCAGAGGAGACCAUGCUGCAGAGGUCCAAGGAUUUCUACUCCCUGAUGAACCAGCGGCGAUCUGUCCGAUUCAUCAGCCCCGAGCCAGUCCCGCGAGAAGUCAUUGAUAAUGUCAUCCUGACUGCAGGGACCGCACCGAGCGGAGCUCACACAGAGCCCUGGACCUUUGUUGUUGUGUCGGAUCCAGAGACCAAGCACCAGAUCAGACUGAUUGUCGAGGAGGAGGAGGAGGUGAACUACCGGCAGAGGAUGGGAGAUAAGUGGGUCCACGAUUUGGCCAGGUUAAGGACGAACUGGAUUAAGGAGUACUUGGAUGUGGCUCCUUACCUGAUCCUCGUUUUUAAACAAGUUCACGGGAUUCUACCAAACGGGAAGAAAAAGACCCACUAUUACAAUGAAAUCAGUGUCUCCAUAUCCUGUGGCAUCCUGCUGGCUGCUCUACAGAACGUGGGCCUUGUUACCGUCACAUCGACGCCGCUGAACUGCGGGCCACAGCUCAGGCUCCUCCUCAAACGGCCGACCAACGAGAAGCUGCUGAUGCUGCUUCCCGUGGGUUAUCCUGCAGCUGACGCCACUGUGCCUGAUUUGAAGCGCAAACAUCUGGAUGGGAUCAUGGUGGCCAUCUGAACAAGUUACAGACUGAAACAUCUGGAAAAGUGUUUUGAAAAAAUAAAAUAAAAUACUUUUAAAAUCCAA